AUGCUCGCCGGCACUCUCCAGUCACCAAGCAGUAAACCUAUUACCAAAGAUGCGAUUCAGAAGUCAGGGGAGCGCACUUGCACCACUGGCAGCGGUGGCAAGAAGCUGGUCCAGACACGUCUACCCUUCAAGCUGAUCACCCCGGUGGCAUCAACAGCCACUGGUGGCACCUUAGCAGUAUCAGGGGCAGAAGGAGCCCCCACCUCUGCUACGUCUUCCGGUACUUCGGCCCUGCCCGAUGGAGAUGCCCUGGCAUCGGAAGAGUCGCCGCUGCCGAAGGAGCCGCGCAAGCGAAGACUCUCGUACAGCGAGGAAAAGAGCAGCAAUGAUGACACCUCGGAGCUCGAACAGCAGCGGCGCUCCAACAGCAAAGAGAACCUGGCCGUGGGCGUGGCUGGGGCUGCGGCUGUGGGAGCUGCUAAGAAGUCGAAGAUCUUGGAAGUGCUGGACAUGGCCGAGGAAAUCAUCGAACUGGACGACGAUGACGACGCAGACGAAGACAUUGAUGAGAAGGAGAAGCCCGAGGAGAAGAAAUCCUCAGCUCCAGCUCUGGCUGGUGCCAAAGCGAAGAUUCAGAUCAAGCCGAAGGCCAAGCCCAAGACCAAGCCCGGAGAGAAGGCCCCUUCAUCGCCCAUACAAAUCAAGCUGCCGCUGCUGAGCAAACGCGGCUCCAAGCGCCGAAAAUCUGUGAAGGAAUCGGAGGCAGCAACCCCCAAAGAGACUGCCCCGUCGACAGCGACAGCGGUGCUUAACGCGGUGGAGAAGAUCACGGCAGAGGUGCUACAAACUGUGGAAGAGAUUACGGAGGAGAAGAAUAUCAAGGAGAAGAAGAACAGAGGACAGAAAACAGAACCGAAGACCAAGGAUGCCCAAACAUUGACAAGCAGCAAGCAGGAGGAUCAGCAAAAGGCCGAAAAGAAAAAGGCACCGAAUGCCAAGAAGCACGACUCCAAAUCGUUGGAAAAAGGUACAAAAGAAGAAACCGAGCUGAGCACAGAGCGGGCCACAAAGGAGGAUUCCUCCCUGAAGGAGGAUAUGAGCAAAGCGGAUCUGGAGAUUACGGAGAAGAGCAGCAAGGAGCAAGAGCAGCAAUCGGAAGUGCAGCAGAAGAGCCACAAAGAGGUGAAGCAAACGACAGUUGAGAAAAGAGAGGAUGAGACAGAAAGCAAGGACGAUUCCCCCGACGAUGAUGAGGUGACGAUCCUCUCUAGCAGCGACAGUGACCGCGAGAAGUCCGAUCAGUCCAGCACCGACCAUGAGAUGGAGAUGGACACAGACACACCCGACAGGAGGGCGAACGGAGGCAAGGGAAAGGCUCCCAGAAGAAAGAGCGUCCAUGACAUGGACGGUGUCGACGGUGGCGGAGACCUGAAGGGCCAGGCGCUGACGCCCAAGCAGCAGCGACUGUUUGAGCAGCGGCGCAAGGCGCGCGAGGAGAAGGAGCACAAGCUGCAGGAGGAGCGCCGCCUCAAGCAGCAGGAGAAGGAGCAGCGCGAGCAGCAGCGCAAAGUGGAGCGUGACCAGAAGGAGGAGCAGCGGCGCAAGGAACGCGACGAGAAGGAGGAGCAGCGGCGCAAGGAGCGCGAAGAGAAGGAGCGCAAGCGCCAGGCCGAGGUGGACUCGAAGAACGAGGAGAAGCGCAAGCGCAACGAGGCCAAGGAGGAGGUGCAGCGCAAACGGGACGAGGAGAAGCGUCGCAAGGAGCACGAGAAGGAGGAGGCCGAGCAGAAAAAGAAGCGCGCCGCCGAAUCCUUCACCAAGUUCUUUGUCCAGAAGCAGCCCAAGGGCCCAGGCACAGGCGACGCCUCCGUCGCCACGCUGGAGCAGGAGCAUACCAGCUGCGAAAGCACCAAAAUGAGCUGCCAGUCGCUGGCCUUCCGUCCCUUCCAGGUCAAGGACGACAUGUUGCUGGCCCCCGUCGUGAGGGCCUCCCUUGGCGGCCUGCAGCGCUCCCAGCUGGAUGGCCUUUUCCGCGAGCGCAAUGAGGAUGCAUCGUCGUCGGAGGAGGAGCACGAGAACAUAGGCCGCCGCAAGCGCCCCAACCGCGUCCAGCUGUACCUCGCGGAACUGGCAAAAGGCACACGCCAGCCGCUCAAGAUGCAGCGCGAUAUUCGGCUGCAGCGGCGCACCAAAGAGGAGGAGAGCGAGGAAGAGGUCCAGGUGAUAGAUGAUCUGACCAAUGCCGGCACGCCCAUUGUGCAGGAGGAGCAGGCCAAGCAGAUGCCCAGGAUGCGGGCCAAGUAUCUGAUGUUCGCCGACAAUCGCCGGCCUCCGUACUACGGCACCUGGCGCAAGAAGAGCCAGUCCAUCUGCGCCCGUCGCCCCCUGGCCCAGGACAAGGUGCACUUUGACUACGAAGUUGACUCGGACUGCGAGUGGGAGGAGGAGGAGCCGGGCGAAUCGCUGAGCGCCAGCGAGGACGAGAAGGAGCGCGAGUCCGAGGAGGAGUCCGAAGAGGAGUACAACGAGUGGUAUGUCCCCCAUGGCCAUCUCAGCGACGAGGAGCUGCAGAACGAUGGCGAAAUGGAUGACGGGCAUACGCGCGAGGCCCAGAAGGCCAAGCUCCAGGUUCUGCAGCAAGAGUUCGCCCAGGAAAUGAAGAAGCAGACCAGGAAGAUCAAGCCACGGCUCCUCGGCCCCGUCUGGCUGGACGAGAACGGCAACAAGUCGCAGCUGUGUCCGCCCGUCUUCAUUCAGACCAUCGACAUGUACGGCAGCUGGCAACUGGAGCCGAUCAGCCUGGAGCCGCCACCGGAGACGGUGCGGGAGGAGGCGACUAGCACCGCCCCUCCCAGCCCCCUGCAGCUGGACGAGCGACUGCUGCAACAGCUGGUGCGGCUCACGCAUGGCAAUCGCAACGCCAAGGCCUUCCUGAUCUCUGAAUACCUGGAGUACCUGAAGACGCAGACCAGCCAGGAGGCGCAGCUGCUGCCGUCGAAGGCCCUGAUCCGCGAGAAGUUCGAUGAGCUGGCCACCUGGUCGACAAUGGAGCUAUCCACCCCAGACGCCGCAGCGGGCAGCAGUGCCAAGAAAUCGAAGAAGCCCAAAAAGCGCCUCUGCUGGAUGGUCGGCCCCGAGAUGCUCGAGAAAUUCCAGCUGGCCGAGCUCUCGGUGCAGAACCAAUGGGAGUACACGCUCACCCCCAAGAUCACCGAAUCGGAGACUCCGCCACAGCACGAGCUCAGUCCCCCCGCCGAGCCCGAGGUACCGGUCAAGCAGGACAAGGAAUCGCCGGUGGCCCCCGUGGACGCUUCGAGCACGCCCAGCACUCCGACGCAGGUAGCCCCUAAGAAGCGGGUCGCCCUGAUAUCCGGGCCCCGGGAACUGCCCAGCCCCGCCGCCUCGAAGAACGGCCUCAUCAGUCAGUUCCUGCGCCGCCAGAGCGAUGCGAGCCCCAGCACCAAAGCGAGUCCGAAGAGGCCCACAGCCACAGCCAAGGCCAGUGCGGCCGAAGCCGAGUCGGAGGUGGUGCUGCUGCUCUCCGACUAG